UACCUAUAAUACAUUUACCGACGAGCGUACGUCGACGACGCGCGACGCACGCCGCCGCCGCCGUGGCGUGUUAUUAUUAUUAUUAUUAUUACUAUUACCGCACCGCGACGCCGGACCCCGCGAGCGCUGUUCACUUAUGCGUAUUGUUUUCGCGCCUCUGAACAUCGGAAGUUCCGGAGUGCACAGUUUGCCGAGCAACCCGACGGCACGGCCGUCGGCCCGACCGAGCGACGAUAUAUAAUAAUAAUAAUAAUAAUAUCAUCAUAUAAUAUAUAUAUAUAUAUCAACUAGUACACAAUAGACGCGGGCGAAAAACCAUAUAUAUAUAUAUAUAUAAUGUAUAUAUAAUGACGACGACGACGCCGACGACAAUACGUUAUAGGUAAUAAUAAUAAUAAUAAUGAUGAUGAUGAUGUAUAAUACGCGCGGUCGACGGCUUUAUUAGAAUUUCGUACGACAUCGACGCCGACACGAAUGUGUAAUUUUAUUCGUCGUCUAAGUUAACCCGUGUACGAGUUGUCCGCGCGACAUUUAUAUUAUUCCGAAUAAGGCGAAAAACGGUCUGUUCUACGCCGCACCGCGCCCGCACACGUCAAAAACAAUAUACGACAAUAAUAUAAUAUCGUUUAUUAUAAUGUUAUUUCGUAUCAUUAUCGUCACCGCCGUUUGAUGUAAUAUCAUCAUAUUUUACGCGACGUCCGAAGAUCGUUCGAACACGGAACGCGGCUGCAUCGAAAUCAUCAGUAAUGUAAUAUUAUUAUAUACACACGAGUACCGAGAUAAUAUACAUACGACCUAUCGCACACGCGUUCGUCGUUCACGGCAUUAACGGACGUUUGUGGGCGGCAUGGUACGUUCAAAUGAAGUUUUCGUUUUUUAUCUACUCAUCAUCACGCUACAAGCGUCUUUCAUCAAUAACCUAAAACUGUUGAACGUCCGAAUAGCCAACCAUACGGUAUUAGGCAGUAGUACAAUACUAGAAUGCACGUACGACCUGGAAGGAGAACAUUUAUACUCGGUCAAAUGGUACAAGAACGGCGACGAGUUCUUCAGAUAUCUGCCCAAAAGCAAACCAAGUAUACAAGUUUUCGAAAAAUCGGGCAUUUAUAUCGACAUCGAUAAAUCGAAUUCAAACGAAGUCGUGCUCAAGUCUUUAGAGCUGUCGAGCAGUGGCACCUAUAGAUGUGAAGUGUCGGCGGAGGCACCGUCGUUUCAAACGGUAUUCCAAGACCGAGAUAUGAUCACAGUGGAAGAGGGUCCGCGGAUCGUCGGCCUUCAGCACGAAUACAAUGUCGGGGACGCCGUGAACGCCAACUGUACGUCGAGUAAGAUGCAAUUUCACGCCCAACUCAUUUGGUACAUAAACAAAGAAAAGGCCAACUCUACGUUUGAACAAGGACCGUACUACAAGGAGUACUUCGCAGGUAGCGGACGGCUCGUGACAACUGUACUAGGACUCAGGUUCAUUGUUACCGAUGGUCAUUAUAAGAUUGGCGAAAUAUAUUUGAAAUGUGCGACUCGACUUUCAUCGUUUUAUUUACACUCGGAUGAAAAAAUUAUAAGGUUCAACAAACGGCCUCCUACCGAAUCAAUAAUUUCGAACCAAGUUAAACAGCCUAAAAUGCAAGAAAAGAAGUCAAUCAGCGUACAAAACACACCGAACAUUAUUCACAUGGCAUGUGUUUUGCUUUUCUGUCUGCGAAACAACAGAAAAGUACUAGUCGCAUAUUAAUUACGAACAAAUUAUUUGUAAUUGUCAUUAAUGAAAAUAAUCGUAGUUUAUAAUAACAUUGUAAUAUAUUGUUUACUUCCUACACAUUUUUAAUGCAUCUAUUAUAUGAUAUAGUGUUAUAAUAAAAUAAUAUACGAAAAUAA